AUGGGCUGGUUCGACGGACGCUCCUCCUCCUCCCACCACUCCCACUCCAACUCCCACAACCACACCUCAAAAGGCGAUGGCUACUACGUCCGCCGCCGAGCCGGUUCACCAACCCGCAGCAAAUCAGGUUAUACAUCAACCCACCACACCCGCAACUCAGCACCCUCCUUCUUCAACCUCGGCCGCACAACCAGCGGCCGCUCAAGCGGGCGCUCAAGUCCCACCCACUCCGUCUUCUCGGCAUUCAGUUCCUCAUCCCGACGGGCCAGACCGCGAGAGGGCUUUGUCCAGCGAAUGAUCCGUGAUGUGAAGCGGUUGUUCCGUGAUAUUAUUCGCUUUGCGAAGAAGAAUCCUUUCAAGGUUCUUAUGCUUGUUAUUGUUCCCCUGUUGACGAGUGGUGUUUUGCCUAAGUUGUUGGCUAUGAUUGGGUUGAGGUUGCCUCAUGGGGUUAUGAGUGCUCUUGGUGGUGCGGGUGCUAGUGGUGCUAGAGGUGGAAUGGGGGGUAUGGGUGGUAUGGGUGGUGGUGGGAUGUCGGAGAAUUUGACUAGUCUUAUGAAUAUUGCGAAGAUGUUCGCAUAA